AUGGCAGAGCAAGAUGACGAAUAUCGUUCUUCGGAUGACGAAGACUACGUUCCCGAAGACGGUGUAGAGGACGUUGAUUGUUCUUCUGGAGACGAGGUUGACGAAGUGACUGAUAGCAGUACGGUAGUGGCAUCGGGGCGGAAGCGUGGAGGAAAGGACAAACCUGCUACGGUCGAUGAAAAAACGUGCACUCCUGCAGAGCCCGAAGACGACGCUGAAGCAGCCUUCAUGGCGUUAAUGGCAGAGAAGGAUCCUAUUCUGGGAAAAGCACGGGCGGAAGUUCUAUCUAAUACGUCAACUCCCACGAAACCAUGUGCAUCCCUGGAGACGGUUGCUUCUACAUCCUCGUCAUCAGUGCAGUCAGUGCAAUCUGAAUCACAGACUAAAGAGACAGCAGUGGUCACAGAAGUCUAUGAUUUUGCAGGAGACGAAGUCAAGGUACAACGAGUAGUUUCUGCAGAAGAAGCCAAGGAGAUAGAAGCCAAAGAAAAACGGAAGGAGAACGAGAAGUCCAAGAAACCGACUCAAAAGCGGCUAGGUAUUGGAGCAGCUUUGACGUUGUUGGCCAAAAAACCGAAAAUGUCCGUUCUUGACAAAUCGGAUCUUGACUGGAAUCUUUUCAAAUCCGAAAAGAAUCUCAAGGUAAGAGUCAUGAAUAAGUCUAACUAG